AUGCUUAGCGGCUGCACAACGAAUAGCAUUUUAUUUCUUUUGGUGUUUGAAAAAUAUAAACAGGAGAAAAUAUUUCUAGAUUUGGAGUCUUCGGCACUAUUUAUUUAUUUGUCAUUUUACUUUUUUUUUUCUUUCCUUUUCUUCAUUUCUUUCUUUUUUUUCUUCCAUUUUUCUUCCAUUUCUCCCUUCUUUCUUUUUUCCUUUCUUACUUUCCUCUUCUCUUUCUUUCCUUCUUUCUUUCUUUUUCCUUUCCUACCUCCUUUCUGUCAUUCUUACUUUCUUUCUUUCUUUCUUUCUUACUUCUUUCUUUCUUUCUUUCUUUCUUUCUUUCUUUCUUUCCUCCUUUCUUUUUUCUUUCUUUCUUUCUUUCUUUCUUUCUCUCUGCCUGUCUGUCUCCCUUUCUUUCUUUCUUUCUUUCUUUCUUUCUUUUUUUCUUUCUUUCUUUCUUUCUUUCAACCUUUCUUUUUUCUUUCAUUUUUCUCCCUUCUUUCUUUUUUCCUUUCUUACUUUCCGCUUCUCUUUCUUUCUUUCAUUCCUUCUUUCUUUUUUCCUUUUCUACCUCCUUUCUGUCAUUCUUGCUUUCCUCCCUUCUUUCUUUCUGUCUUUCUUUCUUUCUUUAUUUAUUUAUUUAUUUAUUUAUUUCAUUUAUUUAUUUCAUUCUUUCUUUCUCUCCCUUUCUUUCUUUCUUUCUCCCUUUCUUUCUUUCUUUCUUUCUUCUGCCUGUCUGUCUUCUGCCUGUCUUUCCUUUCAACCUUUCUUUCAACCUUUCUUUCAACCUUUCUUUCAAUCUUUCUUUUUUCUUUCAUUUUUCUCCCUUCUUUCUUUUUUCCUUUCUUACUUUCCGCUUCUCUUUCUUUCUUUCAUUCCUUCUUUCUUUUUUCCUUUUCUACCUCCUUUCUGUCAUUCUUGCUUUCCUCCCUUCUUUCUUUCUGUCUUUCUUUCUUUCUUUAUUUAUUUAUUUAUUUAUUUAUUUAUUUCAUUCUGUCUGUCUCUCCCUUUCUUUCUUUCUUUCUUUCUUUCUUUCAUUCGGUCUGUCUCUCCCUUUCUUUCUUUCUUUCUUUCUUUCUUUCUUUCUUUCUUUCUUUCUUUCCCUUUCUUUCUUUCUUUCUUUCUUUCUUUCUUUCUGUCUGUCUGUCUCCCUUUCUGUCUUUCUUUCUUUCUUUUCUUUCUGUCUGUCUCCUUUUCUUUCUUUCUUUCUUUCUUUCUUUCUUUCUUUCUUUUUCUUUCUUUCUUUUGACACAGAUUGUUGUUGUUGUUCUUCUUCUUCUUCUUCUGAUUCCUCUACUUCUUUUUUUCUCUUCCUCUUCUUCUUCUUCUUCUUCUUCUUCUUCUUCUUCUUCCUCUACUUCUUCUUCUUCUUCUUCUUCUUCUUCUUCUUCUUCUUCUUCUUCUUCUUUCACGUUUAGGGUUGAUACCUAUCUAUCUAUCUAUCUAUCUAUCGAUCUAGUCUCUUUAUAUCUAUUUACAAAGUUUCUUAAUACCUAUCUAUCUAUCUAUCUAUCUAUCUAUCGAGUCUCUUCUUAUCUAUUUACAUUUCUUAAUACCUAUCUAUCUAUCUAUCUAUCUAUCUAUCUAUCUAUCUAUCUCAGUCUGUUCCUUAUUUAUCUAGCUAUCUUAGUAUGUUUCCUAUCUAUCUAUCUAUCUAUCUAUCUAUCUAUCUAUCUAUCGAUCUAUCUGUUCCUUAUUUAUCUAGCUAUCUUAGUAUGUUUCCCAUCUAUCUAUCUAUCUAUCUAUCUAUCUAUCGAUCUAGUCUCUUUAUAUCUAUUUACAAAGUUUCUUAAUACCUAUCUAUCUAUCUAUCUAUCUAUCUAUCUAUCUAUCUAUCUCAGUCUGUUUCCUAUCUAUCUAUCUAUCUAUCUAUCUAUCUAUCUAUCUAUCUAUCUAUCUAUCUCAGUAUGUCCCUUAUCUAACUAUCUAAAUAUGUUUUACAAAGCCGGGAUACAUGCUUUCAUCUAUCUAUCUAUCUAUCUAUCUAUCUCAGUUUCCUAUCUAUCUAUCUAUCUAUCUAUCUAUCUAUCUAUCUAUCUAUCUCAGUAUUUCCCUUAUCUAACUAUCUAA